AUGAAGAAGACUUCUCAGCUGAAGUCAUCAGGCAGCCCAGCCAUUAGAACGCCAUCUCCUUCUAGCAAGCAACGAAAAGCUGAGGCUUAUAAAGCAAAAGGCGCAACAAACCGCCAUCCUGAGAUGACGGGAGAUAGUGAGGCAUCAGAAAGUGAAGCAGAUAAAGGCACAGAGGCUGGUAUUCGCUACAUCACAGAAACUCUUAUACAAAAACUAACUAAGCAAGAAAACUUGGCGCAUAUAAACUCGUUAAGCCUUUCCCUGUCUAAAGAUGGCGGCAAAAAAUUCAAGUACAUAGAGAACCUGGAGAAAUGUGAGAGACUUGAGAUUCUGAAUCUCAGUCACAACUUUAUUGAAAAGAUUGAGAAGCUGGACAAGCAGAUGAGAUUAAGGGAACUCAAUUUGUCCCACAACAGAAUAAGCAAACUUGAAGGAAUUGAGCACAUGCAGAAUCUGCAAAAACUAAACCUGUGUGGGAAUGAAAUUGAGCAAAUCCCUCUGUGGCUUGGGAAGAAGAUUAGGGCUCUCAGCGUGCUGAAUCUGAAGCAGAACAAGAUCUUCUCUCUUCAAGAUGUGUCUCGUCUAAAGCUAUUAAAAGACUUGAGUUCACUGCACUUGGCCGACAACCCGAUUGCAAACUUACCUCAUUACCGACUCUUCACUAUCUUUCACCUACGGUCACUAAACUCUCUGGAUGGGCAGCCAGUAACAAACCAGGAGAGAGAAGAGGCCCACAACAGGUUUAAUAUAGAAGAGAUAGAAAAGCUGGAGAGAGACAUGGAGAGAAAGGAAAAGGAAAUAGAAGAGCUGGAAAACCAGAAAGCUAAUGUGACCAGCGAGCUGCAGCGCAGAGAUGAGAUGAACAAAUCCUUAAAGCAGGAAACUGUACAACAGAAGAAGAGCUACAGAGAGCUCGAGCGCGAGAUGGAGACCAAAAAUGAAAUUCUCAAGCAAAAGACCAUAGAGCUCAACCGCGCUUGCCAGAAGCACUACGAGUUGGAGCAGGAGCUGGCUUUCUAUAAAAUUGAUGCCAAGUUUGAGCCAAUGGGUUAUAUAUCUCCGGAGAAUGUAGAUAUGGAAGAGGGGCCACAAGAGAGUCCGUACAUUGGCAAAGCCAGAUACAAAAGAAACCUGUACUCUCAAGAAGGGUUUAUUGCUGACCGUGCGCAACAAGUGCAGGUUGGGAAGAUUGAGCUGGACGCAGGAGACAUUACCAGAAACGAGCAGGUCCGAGCGACAAUACACAGUGCCCUGGAUGUGGAACUGGGGGAUCAGGAGAAACAUAUUGAAGCAGGUAAUUAUUAA